AUGAGGGCCAGAAUGCUAAUUCGAUUGAUGGUCUUCUGUGUCUGGUUGCCUUCCACCGCUUCAGUAACAGUGUCAACAAAAUAUGGAGAUAUCGAAGGUUUUGUGACUUUUUUUUCCAACUUUUCUUUUGCGUUCAAGCAUGUCAACAAGUUCCUUGGCGUUCCAUUCGUUUUUUUACCGACUUCACAGCUUAGGUUCAAGCCACCAGAACUGCCUCUUAGAUGGGAACCUUUUUUUCGUUCGGCUAAACGACACGGAAAUGUUUGCUGGCAAAGCAAAGCCUAUGAACAACGGUUCAAAAAGUUUGUCCAAAAUAUCACGUACAGCGAGGACUGCUUGUAUCUUGACAUCUUUUUUUUUGAUGUCAAAUCAAGAUUACCCGUGAUGUUUUACAUUCACGGCGGAUCGUAUGAGUUUGGAGCUACAGUCACAUUUCCCGGGGAUAUUUUGGCUUUACACGGAGUGGUAGUAGUCUUUUUUUAGUAUCGCCUUGGUCCAUUCGGUUUUCUGACGACCGGGGAUUCUGCAUCCCCUGGUAAUUUUGGAAUGCUGGAUCAAGUCGCGGCACUCCUGUGGGUCAAAGAGAACAUUGAAAAUUUUGGUGGGGAUCCCGGCAAGGUGACCAUCUUUGGAUUAAGCGCUGGUGGAACAGGUGUCUUUUUUUAUCUGUUUUCCCCAUUGUCUAAAGGCCUCUUCCAUCAAGCCAUUGCAGAGAGCGUUUUUUUUUUGAGCUCCUUUGCAAUUCAGCCGACUUCCUUUGGUCUCCGCUUUGCCAGUGAACUAGCUAAAAACCUGGACUGCCCAACAGGCGACCACAGCGAAAUGAUGGCCUGCAUUCGUCAGAAAGAAGCGAAGGAGAUACAAGACGCAUCCGACUCAAUAACGUAUAUUUUCACUGGAUACCUACGCUGGGCACCAGUGAUGGACAAAAACUUUCUUCCUGACACCCCCCGGAAUCUGCGUUUUUUUAGAGAGUUUAAGAAAGCCAAGUUUAUGAUUACCUUUAACAGCCAGGAGGGUGGAUUUUUUUUUAAAAAUUUGAUCAACGGUUCGAGUCCGUCUUUCUUUAAAGGAUACGUAACACUUUUUUUGCAUGGUCAGACCAACAGGGAAAAAAACGCAAACCUCAUUGCGGAUGCCUUGGAGUUCAUGUAUACCCCAUGGCCCGAUAAAAUUGAUAAAUACGCGCUGAGGAGUCAACUUAUAGACCUCGUUGGCGAUUUCCUAUACUAUGCACCUAGUCACCAGGUCGCCGAUAUCCACAGUUCGUUUUUUUCGGUAUACAUACUCGAGUUUGCGCAUCGUUCAAAGAUGGUUACUAACAUUCCUGAUUGGAUGGGCGUGGUCCAUGGUGCGAAUAGACAUUACGACUUUGGCAUUCCUCUAAUCCCACGAUUUUCUUCCCGUUACGACGCAGAUGACAAAAACGUCAGUAUGUUCAUUAUGGCACUGUACACAAACUUUGCUAAGUUCGGAAAUCCAACGCGACAACCAGUCAGCGGUGUUGUGUGGGUUUUUUUCAAUUCAAGCUUAAGGGCUUAUCUUCGAGUUGACACGAAACCUAAGAUGGCGGCGUCUUUUGCCCCGCGUCGAAUGGCGUUCUGGAAUGAUUACUAUCCAAAGCUUGAGCAAGUCAAGUUUGAUACCAAGGAAUAUGUGGCCAGCGGUACUGGUGAAAAUGUGUGCAGCACAACACUUUUUCUGACAACUCUCUCCUUUGGCAUUUUUUACUUUGCGCUAUGA